UUUGCACUAUAUCCGCUUCAUAAAGUUAUUAUGUUGUUUAUAUUUUGUAGUUUUUGCUAUAAAGUUUUGAAACAGUGAAAACUGGUUUCUAAUGCAAUGUUGCAAAAGGAUAUAGUUUAAAAUCCUAUAGGUAUAAAAUAAUUGAACAGUGAACAUAAAAAGCCAGUGGUUUUCCUAAAAUACUAUGUGAUAACUUUAUAUCUAGUUAUUAGGCCAGUAUUAGGGUAAAAUGGUGCUAUAUGGAGCUUGUGACAUGGAGAUACAAUUAUCUGAUCAUGAAGCCUGCAUAUAACGAAGGUGAAGCAGGCACAAACUACACUUAAUGGUUUUCAUGGAUGAGCGGGAGGGCGCGGGGCGUCGCUUGGACGCCGUGCUGCCCACUACCAUGGAGGCUAGCGGCCCCCCGGUGCAGAUGGAGCCGGUAGACCUGAGUCUCAAACGGCCCCCUACGCCCAGGAGACGCGGCCGGCCUCCUGCCAGCGCAAUGGCCACGUCAUCGAAAAUCAACCGCGAAGGACCGGCGCCCACGCAACUUCCUAUCGAACUGAGCCACGAGAUCCCGAAAAUAAAGGUGGGCCCGGACCUCCGGAACGCGAGGAAACCACAACACACCACGACAAAGUUAAAACCACCAUCAGAAAAAUACCCGCUGAUCCCUCCCCACCUGAAACCCGGCUACAACCCAGACCUGAAGAACUUCUUCUUAAACACGGCCCUCCAGCUCUCCGGGCUCGGCCAGAUCAAGAAAGAAGAAGAACAAGACAGAAGAAGGUUGCACAAGUGCGAUGUCGCGGGCUGCCAUAAGGUCUACACUAAGAGUUCACAUUUGAAGGCACAUAAGAGGACACAUACAGGUGAAAAACCGUAUUCCUGCGGCUGGGCCGGCUGCGGCUGGCGUUUCGCCCGCUCCGACGAACUGACUCGACACACUCGGAAACACACAGGCCAUCGGCCCUUCACGUGCCCUCUGUGUCGACGGUCCUUCGCAAGAUCUGACCAUCUAGGACUCCAUAUGAGACGACACUGAUUUUUUUUUAUAAAUGGGCUUACUCUUGGCCACAGACUAGCCAAAGGCAAAGACGUGGCCUAGAUGGAGUGAGCUCGCCCAGAAGA